AGUAGAUUUAACUCUUGCCGGGACCCCCCAUCUUCUAAACCUUGUUGGACCCUAUGGUUGGUAAUACAUACCAUGUAAUACUAAACCUUAAGUAACUUAUAGUAGUCUUAUACAUGACAGUCUAAGAAAAUGUCUAAGAAAAUGUAUAAAAGUUUCAAGUUCCCACAUCUUUGAUCAUUUGAACUUUCUUUCCAUUCUCGGACAUAUACUUGUAUUUAUUGUACUUAGUUGUCAACGUCAACUCGCUUCGGCCCAUCAUUGUCUACCUAUCUUUAACAUAUUAUCAUUGUAUGCUUACAACUAACCUGUAAUUUCGCACGGCUGAGGAGUAUCACAGGAUAUUCUCUGUAUACUCCUUGCGUCAGGAAUUGGUUUUCUUCCUCUUUUUUGAGUUGCCAGAGUCCUCAGAGUCUCACCACAUUUACUCGUCCGCAAGUUGUCUCAAACUAUCCCAAGCACUAGAGACAUAAUAUCUUCGUGAUGAGACCCCCUAUUCCCAUCUUAUCCGACUAUGGAAUCUCGCCAAACCAUGGAUUCCUACCUGAUGUCCUACCCUUAACGAGACUUCCGGACCCCUAUUAUAAUAAAUGGGAGUCCAUUGGCUCUAAUCUGCAGAAUCUGAUUCUCAGUAAACGCCUCCGGGGAGUCAUCGAUCGCCUACCUGUUCUCUCCACCGUUGGUCUGGAACAUGAUGCGGAAUGGAGAAGAGCAUACAUGCUCCUGACCUUUUUUGCUCAUGGCUACAUCUGGGGAGGUGACAUUCCCUGUGAUCGAGUGCCACCGAGCAUUUCUGUGCCCCUUUUGGAUAUUUGUGAACAUCUCGAAAUUCCACCCGUCUCCACCUACGCCGCCUCGGUGCUAUGGAAUUUCAAGCCGCUCUUUGUCGAUGAGGGGAUAGACGAUCUGGAUAAUAUCGCCACUCUGUUGACCUUCACCGGGUCACUUGACGAAUCUUGGUUUUACCUAGUCUCGGUUGCCAUCGAGGCUCGUGGUGGUCCCAUCAUUCCUCUCAUGUUGACAGCAGUUGCUGCCGCUCGCGAAGGCGAUAGCGCAACCGUGACACGUUGCCUGCGUGCCUUUGCCGAACGUCUUGAUGACCUUGGUGGACUAUUGCGUCGUAUGCAUGAAAGCUGCGACCCUGGCUACUUCUACAACCGCAUCCGCACUUUUCUCGCCGGCAGUAAAAACAUGGCUGAAGCAGGCCUACCUAAUGGUGUUAUCUACGACGAUGGGACGGGCGAGUCCCAGUAUGUUCAAUACAGCGGGCCAAGUAACGCACAGAGUAGCCUGAUCCAGUUCUUCGACAUUGUUCUUGGCAUCGAGCACCGUCCUACUGGCGAGAAACCAGAUCCAGCAUCCGAGUCGGAGCGAGAAGGGCGUAGCUUGGUUCCCCAACACAAUUUCAUUCGCGACAUGCGACGGUACAUGCCAGGACCUCACGCUCGCUUUUUGCGUGAUGUCGGUGCCGUAGCUAACAUCCGAGAGUUCGUCGAGAGCCGUGGUGGUACUGAUCUUCCGUUGUGUAUUGCGUAUGAUGCGUGCCUUGCUAUGCUCCGCGCUUUUCGUGAUAUCCACAUCGCCAUUGUUACACGUUAUAUUUACCUACCGUCUCAAGAAAAGAGGGUUCGCAGUCCCGAAGUCGCCAAAACCCGACAGAACCUGGCAACGGCCUCGAACAACGAGCAGCAUAAGAAGGUCAAAGGCACUGGCGGCACUGCCUUAAUCCCCUUCCUCAAGCAGGCUCGUGAUGAGACAGGCGAACCGUCCGUCCUGACUUGGGCCAAGCGUUUCAUGAGUCGACAGACUAAGAUUUCGGGUCAAAACGAUUUCUUCCUCGGUAAAGAAGAGAAGAAUGCAUUGGAUGAACCCGUCUUAGAACACGGUCUUGCGGGGACGUGGUCUAUGAAUGAGGAGUACGGCGGUAUCUGCUACAAUUAGCGCGCCACUGAAGAUAUGAAGUAUUUAUAUAGAUAGAUACAGCGAAGACCGUUUGAAUACUACAGCGUUAUCUGA